GCAGCCUCAUCGCAUUGCGUGACAGCAGCGGAGCGUAUUGUUGCGUGCACGUGCUAAAAGCAGUCUGCACCGCCGCAUAAAUCGUAGACGAGCCGUCUUGGCAUCUGUGCGACAUCACGCUGCGCAGCACUCACUCCACCAGAGACAGCGACGCAGCUGUAUUUUGGCAUUUGUGCGACGCUCACAUCCACCAGCGACGUGUGAGAGGCAAGAGCGAUGCUGCGCACCGCUCUCCGGCUCGCACCACGCUUGACGCUCGUCGCUGCGACAGCAGCGAGCUGCCAGGACGAUCCCUACAAAACGCUCGGGCUCGACCGCAACGCCACUCAAGACGACAUAAGGCGCGCGUAUAAAAAACGGGCCGCGAAGGCGCAUCCCGACCACGGCGGCGACGCCGAGGAGUUCAAACGUCUCGCGGCGGCCUACGCGACGCUGGGCGAUGAAGAAAAACGCAAGCGGUACGACGCCGGAGGUUUUGACUUCAGCGGCAGCCAGUCGCAGGGUUUCCCGGCCGGCGGCGCGUCGGACUUCGGCGACGCGUUCCGGCUCUUCGAGGAGAUGUUCGGCGCAGGCUUCGCGGGCGGGCCGCAGCAACGGCGCCGGCGGCCGCGCGUCGUGCCGCGCGAGGUCAGGCUCAAGCUGUCGCUCGCCGACCUGUUCGAGGGCGGGUCCUUUUCUGUUAAAGUGCCGCGCACGGUCGCGUGUUCAAGUUGCAAGGGCCGCGGUGGCACGGUCCAGACCUGUUCGAGUUGCCAGGGCCGCGGCGUGACGGUCGUGGACCGACGGUUCGGCGGGUCCGUCGUGCGCACGCAACGGGCCUGCGAUAGUUGUGGCGGCGCCGGCGAGACCCUCGUGGACCGGUGUUCCAAGUGUCGCGGCGAGGGCGUCGUCAAGGAGCCGGGGCACUCGAUCAAUGUGAAAAUUCCGCCGAACGCGCGCGACGGCUACGCGACGACGCAAAAGGGCGCGGGCGACGACGUCUUCUACGACGGCGGCCACGUGCGGCGCGACGUCACGGUUGUAGUCGAGGAGGAAUCGCAUGCUGAGUUACAGCGCGUGGGCUCUGACUUAGUGUGCGCGAAGCGCGUGCCUCUGUUAGACGCGCUGACGGGCUUUGCGAUCGACGUGCCCACUGUGCAACGCGAAGAUAAACGAGGAAAGGCCUUCGUCGUGCGGGCCGACGCCGGCGACCUGCCCGUGGCGCCCGACGACGUCUGGAUCCUGAAGGGCGAGGGCAUGCGCGACGCCUCGGGCAGGCGCGGCGAUUUACUCAUUCGGUUUGUCGUCGAGUUUCCGAAGACGCUGCCUGACGAAGACGACCGCCGCGGGCGCCUCGCUCCACUCUUGGGCGGGAGCUCGUCGGCACCCCUGCCGCCGUCGAAAAGAGGCCUCUUUGGCGGCCUGUUCGGCGGUGGAUCCGGUGGUGGCGCGGACGAGGGCGCCGUGGCGCGGCGGGCGCCGAAGGCGCGCGUUGAGGAUCUUUAUCGGCGGCGGCGCGCGGCGCGCUAG